AUGGCUCCUCGAUACACAUCUCUCGAUCUUUUAAACGCUUGCGAUGCGUUCCCUGACCCUAAGAGAAACCCCCAAGCUUAUUCAGAGUACAUGAAAGGGUUUUACACGUUGCUCUGGCAUGACGACGAGGGCAGUUAUCCUAUCGGCUAUGUUCCAUUAUCCGUGAUAGAGGCGUUGAAAAAUACGCCCUCGGACAUCACGGGCCGAGUAGAUAUGGACGAUGAGGCCCGGACAGUGUCUCUGUUCGAGGAAGCAACUAACGAGGAGGAGCGCACAAAACUGGUUGGCCAGUUGAUGAAGUACUGGCACGAAAACAAGACCUUUCAGCUCCUCAAGAGCUGGCGGGACGAGCUUUGGCCCGUCUAUGGGAGAAAGGGCGAGCUCUUGUUCAACAUGGAGCGCAUGGCAGUUGGCUUAAUCGGAGCUAUGCGGUAUGGAGUACACAUGACGGCCUUUAUCCGCCGCAAGGACAACAGCAGCCGCUAUGAUUUUCGUAUCUGGGUGCCCAAGCGGGCGGCUAGCAAGUCAAGCUUUCCGGGAAUGCUGGACAACACCGUUGCUGGUGGUCUGAUGACAGAUGAGGAUCCCCUGGAAUGCAUCAUUCGAGAAGCUGACGAAGAGGCGUCGCUCCCCGAGGAUUAUAUGCGUGCGCAUGCUAAGGAAACCGGCACUGUCACCUACAUUUACAUCACGGAUGAACGCUCGGGUGGAGAACCAGGCUACAUCUAUCCCGAGUGCCAAUGGGUGUACGAUCUCGAACUGCCGGUUGACGGAAGCAUCAUACCAAAGCCCAAAGAUAACGAGGUGGAAAGCUUUCGCCUGCAUACAGUGGAGGAGAUCCAGGAACAACUCGCCCAGGGGCUUUGGAAGCCAAACUGCGCCAUCGUCAUGAUUGACUUUUUCAUCCGCCACGGAAUAUAUACGCCCGAGAACGAACCUCACUACGAUGAGCUCCGGGCAAGGGCGCAUCGCUUCAUUCCUUUCCCUGGUCCGCAUUGGCCGCAUUGGAAGCCUUGUCAGCCAAGGGGCAGGGCAGCGAAAUCCUUAUAA